GUGGCGCUGCUGCUGCUGCUCUUUCUCCUUCUCCUUCUCCUCCUCGGUGUCUGGCGCAGGGCUGAGCGCAGGGAGCGGGGCCUGUGUGGCGGCGAGCCCCUUCCUCUCUCUAACCCCUUCCCCAUCCCCCAGUACAGGCCUCUCGUCUAAAAGUUGGUUUUAAUUGGUUGCCCACAGGAUUGACUUGGCUUCUGCUACUUGUUAAGGAAAAAAAACAUCUCUUCUUGCAGGUGUGUGUGUUUCAACGCAGCAUGGCUGUGGUCAUCCGCUUACAAGGUCUCCCAAUUGUGGCGGGGACUAUGGACAUUCGCCACUUCUUCUCUGGAUUGACCAUUCCUGAUGGGGGCGUGCAUAUUGUAGGGGGUGAGCUGGGUGAGGCUUUCAUCGUCUUUGCCACUGAUGAAGAUGCAAGGCUUGGUAUGAUGCGCACAGGUGGUGCCAUUAAAGGGUCCAAAGUAACACUGUUGCUAAGCAGUAAAACAGAAAUGCAAAAUAUGAUUGAACUCAGUCGCAGACGCUUUGAAACAGCAAAUCUAGAUAUGCCACCAGCAAAUGCUAGCAGGUCUGGGCCACCACCUAGUUCUGGAAUAAGUAGCAGGGUCACUCUUCCUACCACAGUUCCUAAUUUUAACAGCCCCUCUCCUAGUGUAGUAACUGCAGCUACUUCAGUUCAUGAAAGUAACAAAAACAUACCAACUUUCUCCACUGCCAGUAUGGGAACUGCACCUCCCAAUCUGGGUACUACUUUUGGAAAUCCCACAUUUAGCUCUACUAUACCUAGUACAGCAUCUCCAAUGAACACGGUGCCACCUCCACCAAUACCGCCUAUCCCAGCUCUGCCAUCAUUGCCCCCAAUACCUUCUAUUCCUCCUAUACCUGUUCCACCUCCUGUACCUACAUUGCCUCCUGUGCCACCUGUUCCUCCUAUACCUCCUGUACCUCCUGUGCCACCUAUGACACCCCUACCUCCAUUAUCAGGAAUGCCUCCUAUGAAUCCCCCACCUGUAGCACCUUUGCCUACUGGAAUGAAUGGGUCAGGAACAGCAAUGAAUCUGAACAGUAACUUGAAUCCAUUGUUCAUGAAUCCCAUAAAUGCCAUUCAGAUCAGUUCUCAGAGUGGCGUAAAAUCACUUCCCAUUAACCCAGAUGAUUUGUAUGUCAGUGUCCAUGGAAUGCCAUUUUCAGCAACAGAAUCAGAUGUCAAAGACUUUUUUCAUGGCCUUCGUGUGGAUGCAGUUCACAUUCUGAAAGAUCAUGUAGGACGAAAUAAUGGAAAUGGAUUCGUCAAAUUUUGCUCUCCUCAAGAUACCUUUGAGGCCUUGAAAAGAAACAGAAUGCUGAUGAUUCAGCGCUAUGUUGAAGUUAGUCCUGCAACAGAGAGACAGUGGGUGUCUGCAGGAGGCCACAUAACAUUCAAGCAAACCAUGGGUCCUUCUGCACAAAACCAUCCUUCUCCUCAGACUCUCUCUAUGUCUAAAUCUCCCAAUGGUCAGAAAAGAUCAAGAUCCAGAUCUCCACAUGAUCAGGGCUUCUGUGUUUAUUUAAAAGGUCUUCCUUUUGAAUCUGAGAACAAACACGUAAUAGAUUUCUUUAAAAAGCUAGAUAUUGUGGAGGAUAGCAUUUAUAUAGCUUAUGGACCGAACGGGAAGGCGCUUGGUGAAGGUUUUGUUGAAUUUAGAAAUGAAACUGACUAUAAAGCAGCUUUAUGUCACCAUAAACAGUACAUAGGAAAUCGUUUUAUUCAAGUUCAUCCCAUAACAAAAAAGGCAAUGCUAGAAAAGAUAGAGAUGAUUCGGAAAAGAAUGCAGAAUUUCAACUAUGAUCAGCGAGAGAUCAUGAUGAAUACAGAAGGGGAGACGGGCCCCCCCAAACUAUGUGCACGCAUAUCCAAUAUCCCCUACAACAUUACCAAAAUGGAAAUCCUUCAGUUUCUAGAGGGUCUGGCAGUAGAAGAAAACUCGAUACAGAUUCUUGUUGAUACCAAUGGGCAAGGCUUAGGACAAGCACUCGUCCAGUUCAAAACUGAAGAAGAUGCACGUAAGUCAGAGCGCCUACAUCGAAAGAAGCUGAAUGGGAGAGAUGUUGUGCUAAGAUUGAUUUCCACUGAAGAAAUGAAAGAAAUUGAAAGAAAUCCUCCCCCUCAAGGGAAAAAAAUAUUAAAAAUGCCAUUGCCAGGCAGUACAGCAGUGCCAGGAGUGCAGAAUGCUGGUGGGGAUGAACAUUCUUUCAUAGGUGGUAGUUCAAAAGAUGCAAGUGGUGGUCCACCUUUUCAUUUUCCCAGUAAUUUCAGUGGGUCAAAUGCAUUUGGACCCCCUCUGCCGCCUCCAGGUAUAGGGGGAGGUGGCUUUGGUGAUUCUAGACCAGGAAUGCCUUCUGUUGGAAAUAGUGGUUUGCCUGGUUUGCCUGGUUCAGGAAUAGAUGCCCCAGGUUUUGCAGGUGGGCCUAAUAAUUUAACUGGGCCAUCCGGUUUUGUCAGUGGCCCUCAGAACUUUGGAAAUGGCCCUGGUAAUUUAACUGGUCCUCCUAGCUUUGGAAGUGGACCUCCAAAUCUGGGUGGUGGACUUGGACACUUAAGUGGACCUCCGGGGUUUGGACCUGGGCCUGGAAACCUUCAUAUUGCAGGUCCACCUGGUUUUGGAGCUGGCUCUGGAAAGCCAGGGCCAACUGUCAUUAAAGUUCAGAAUAUGCCCUUUACUGUAUCAGUGGAUGAAAUUUUGGAUUUCUUUUAUGGUUAUGAAGUAAUUCCAGGUUCAGUGUGUUUAAAAUAUAAUGAAAAAGGUAUGCCCACAGGUGAAGCAAUGGUUGCAUUUGAAUCUCGUGAUGAAGCAAUGGCAGCUGUUGUUGAUCUGAAUGACAGACCAAUAGGUUCAAGAAAAGUGAAGCUUAUGGCUCACUGUGUGACCAAGGUGGAACUGUCCAUAUCCUGUGACAAUCUGCUUGAUAAAGAUGUUGGCUCAAAAUCGGAUCCCCUGUGCGUCUUGCUCCAAGAUGUUGGUGGAGACCAGUGGACUGAACUGGAUCGAACAGAAAGAGUAAAGAAUUGCCAGAAUCCUCAGUUCUCAAAGAAGCUGCUGAUUGAUUAUUAUUUUGAGAAAGUUCAGAAACUGAAAUUUGGUGUAUAUGACAUUGAUAACAAAUCAUACGAUUUAAAUGAUGAUGACUACCUUGGAGGGGCAGAGUGCACCUUGGGACAGAUUGUGUCAAGUAAAACAUUCACUCAGCCUUUAAUGCUGAAGAAAGGGAAACCUGCAGGAAAAGGCACUAUUACGAUUUCUGCAGAAGAAAUUAAAGACACUAGAGUUAUAUCACUAGAUGUUGAAGCUCGGAAUUUGGACAAAAAGGAUUUUUUGGGCAAAUCUGAUCCAUUUUUGGAGUUUUACAAGCAGAGUGAUAGUGGAAAAUGGCAGCUUGUCUACCGAUCAGAGGUGAUUAAAAACAAUUUAAAUCCUUGCUGGAAAAAGUUCAGUGUUCCUCUGCAAACUUUCUGUGGUGGUGAUUUCAACAAACCAAUAAAGGUCCACUGUUAUGAUUAUGAUAGUGAUGGGUCACAUGAUUUGAUAGGCUCUUUUGAAACUAACCUGUCCCAGCUACAGAAUGCAGCUGGCAGCUCUCCGGAGGAAUUUGAGUGUAUUCACCCCGAAAAGAAGAAAAAGAAGAAGAGUUAUAGAAACUCUGGCAUUGUUAGAGUAAAAUCCUGCAAGAUUGAAACAGAAUAUUCUUUCCUGGAUUAUAUCAUGGGAGGCUGCCAAAUUAAUUUCACCGUGGGCAUAGAUUUCACAGGCUCCAAUGGAGAUCCAAAGUCACCAGAUUCUCUUCACUAUAUAAGCCCAAAUGGGAUAAAUGAGUAUCUCACUGCCAUCUGGACUGUGGGGAAUGUGGUCCAGGAUUAUGACACUGAUAAACUAUUCCCAGCCUUUGGAUUUGGAGCUCAGGUUCCUCCAGACUGGCAGGUGUCACAUGAGUUUGCAUUGAACUUUAACCCUACCAAUCCGUAUUGCCAAGGAAUUCAAGGAGUUGUGGAUGCCUAUCGCCAAGCAUUGCCUCAGAUUCGUCUGUAUGGUCCAACGAAUUUCUCCCCAAUUAUAAAUCAUGUUGCUAGAUUUGCUGCUCACUCAGCACAACAAGGGACUGCUUCACAAUACUUUGUCUUGCUGAUAAUCACAGACGGAGAGAUCACUGACUUGGACCAAACCAGGCAAGCCAUUGUCAAUGCCUCCAAGUUGCCCAUGUCUGUUAUUAUUAUUGGAGUUGGCAGUGCUGAGUUCAAAGCCAUGGAAUUCUUGGAUGGGGAUGAUGGUGUCCUAAAGUCCUUGACAGGAGAGCCGGCUGCACGGGAUAUUGUCCAGUUUGUGCCUUUCAGGAAGUUCCAAAAUGCUCCUCGCGAGGCACUUUCCCAGACGGUAUUAGCUGAAGUUCCUAAGCAACUGGUGAACUACUUCAAGCAGGUUGGCCUGGUUCCGGUAAAACUGCCUUCUGAAAAGCAACCAUAAGACAGAUGAUAACUGGUGAAGAAAGGAAGAUUACUGCAUAUAGCGUUUUCUAGUAAAUAAGGUUUUCCCACCCAUUUUGGUAUUAUUGUAUAUUCCAAAUAAGGUUUCUACAUAUAUUGGGUAGACAAUAUAUAUUGGGUAGAGAAUAUAUUUGCAAACAAUAUAUAAGGAUAUUAGUGCUCUUAUUACUCCUUUCUAGGAAACUACUACACAUCUCAAAUAAUUAAUCAUGUAAUGUAGCAUCUAGUGAGGAGUUUUGAAUUUCAUUUUUUAAACAAGAUUCUACCCUGUAUGGUCAAUUUACUGCUCAUGGUACAAUUCCGAAUGAGCCUUUAAUUGAGGCCUCCAGAAGGUGGUGGGACUUCACUAUAUUUGUUAUAUCAAUUUUAAUAGAUGCUGCAACAGUCCUUGCCUUUUACUAGUUCAUGAAGCCUUCUCUUCAUAGCAUUAUACAUUAAUUCAGUCCUUCAUUGCAUUUUUAAAAGAAAUGAUAAUCAUAUAGACCUAUUUCUCCAGAUUUUUGUAUGACAGCAUUGAUACUGCAUUAUUCUUAGCACACAGUUAUUUUUGUGCAAAAUACUAUCAGAGCUGAUCAUGGCUUUCUAAAUUACAAAAAUAUCUGAAAUGAAAACUGCAUUGUUGUAAGACAGAGCAGUGACCAUAUAUUCCUUCAGUUCACUAAAAUGAAUUGUUCUAUGUGUGAUUUCUUUCCCCAGUUUGGAAUGUAUUGGAAACAUAGGUGCUAUACACUUUUUAUUAUAUACUUCUAUAAGAUAUUCAUAGUAUAUCAUUUAUGAUUUAUUGCUGAAAAGUGUCCUCUAGUGUCUGACUAGAAAAAAAAAACCUCCUUGCAUUCAUGAUUGCACUAAAUACUGCUGUUGCCUUAAAUUCUGCCUUGCCUCUAUGGAAGGCCAUGGGUUUUUAAAUAUGUACUUUAUGAAGAAACCUUAAUCUUCAUUUUGCCAAGUUGAAUACAAAUCAAUUGUUUUUUGGUUUUUAAUUUUUUUCAGUAAUCAGAAUGUUCACAAUCAGGUUUUUUUUUUCCUCAAGGGAAUUUUGGUCAGUAUGUUUCAAGCUUUAAGUGAUGCACUGAUACAGAAAAGAAAUCAAGUGAGUUCAUUAUGUGAUUUCCCUGAUUUAGCACUUGGGUGUAAUAAGGAGCAGGGGAAUUAAUGGUCUUUUAAACAAAUAUUGCACCACCUUUCCUUAUUCCUGAUGUCCAUUAUAUGUUUACACUUACAGCAAAACAUUGAAUGCCUGCUUUAGACUAUAUCAAUCUGGUUGUAUUUUUUUUUAAUUCAUCCCAUGCUUCCUGCAAUUUUUUGUAUUCAAAAGCACUUUAAAAUGUAGUGUAAAAUCUUUAUUAGAUUUGAAGAAUGUAAUAUAUGAAAAACUUUAAAGAUUAGCACUGUACCAAAAUGUAAGAAAAUUCCAUAGUGUUAAAUCAACUGCAUAAUAUCUAAAGCCAAAGAUUUCCUUUUGAAACUAGAGUUUUAACCACAGGGAGCUAUCUUUUUUCUUUCUGCAACUGAAUGUAUCAUGUUUUGUAUGUCAAAUUAUAAGGCGUUUAUCAUUUCACAUUUUAACUAGACCAGUAUCAGAAUGCAUAGUGAGUUUGUAAAGCUUCAAUUUUUCUCAGUUUUUUGAAAUACUGGAAAUCAUACUCUUCAUGAUUGCAACCAUUCAGAGUUUUUUCUGAGCAAUAGUAAUACUUCUGAAAUAUCUGUUGUGCAGAUUAUGUUCACUUGCAGCAUUCUAGUAUUGACAGUAAAGUGUGGCUGUCCCUGAUUCAUGCUAAUGUAGGCAACAUGACUAACUCCAUACAUUGUGCCAUUAGACUUAGGGGUGGAACAGGCUGCCCAAAAAGGGAGGAUGGGGGCUGCUCCAGGCCUGGUUGCUCUGGAGUUGCAGUGACCACACACCAUGGCCCCAACCUGCCCUGGAGCCAGCCCAAACAGGAGUAGAAAAAAUCUAUUCCUAUUUUGGGUGGGAAAGGGCUGCCUUUUCUGGCCCAGCCGCAUCCCCAGGACAGCUUCAAGAUGUAAUGCUGCACUGUCAGAACAUCUUGAAAAUCAAGUCUGGGCAGCCAGCCAGCUUCCAGGAGGCUUCGAAGUAUGCGGCGUGUAAACACCGCACCUCCAAGACACCCGUAAGCUGGCUUUAAUGGGCUGUCUUUUUUGGCCCUUACUUCAUUUUGCCUUUUUAAGGCCUGCUUCACAUCCUUCAUUGUAAACUAGUUUUUGAAAAUUAAGGGAGUUUCAAAGUAAUUUUAUUAUAUGACAUAUUGUAGGCUGGUAAAUGAAAAGCCAUCCUGAACACACACACAAGGCCUUUCAUGUGCACAUAGAAAACUACCAGUGUAAUCGAGCUACUUCUUCAUCUGCCACUGGAUUAUUUAGUUUGCCUUGUCCUGGCUGUCUUGACAGCUACUUGCUACUUGAUUCUUAUUUAAAUGAUGCAACCAAUUGAAUCUGGCAAGAAUUUUAUCAUGAAGAGGACUUGCCAGUCUUGGUUCCUUCCACAUUUGUUACAAGCCAUGGACUCAUGCAGGCGACCUUGUUUGUAACAAUAAGAAAUUAUUAUUUCAAUACAUCAUGAUUUUCUCUUGUUUCUUCUGAUGAACUUGCCAGUCUGAUUUAGUUAACAGUACUGGUAGUGUCUUCAGCUACUACACAAAUCCACUGUGGGGGGGGAGCUUGGACUAGUUGAAAUGAACUUUGAUUCUUUGAGGUGUAAGGGAUAUUGGUAAGAAAGUUUACUGUGUAAGCUCAUUUAGAAAUUGCUACAUGCUUUGGAAAAUGUUAAAUUACUCUACUGCACACCUUGAUUUGUUUAAUACAAAUGCUGUUUUUCAUUUAAGAAUAUUUCUCUUUUGUAUUGCGCAUUCCAUUAAAUUUCUUUAUUAAACUUCA